GUGGUUAAGUGGCAACAGAAUCUUAAAAGACAGUCAAGUGCUAGCCUGUUGUCUUCAGGAGCAAUGAAAAAUACCGCGCACUGCACAUGUUGAAGGAAGAUUCAGGUGGCAAAUCAGCUGGCUUCCAUGCAUGGAAUCAGAAGGGAACAUUAUUGUGUUUUCUGUCCUAGCAGCAAAAUACCUUUGGCUAGUCCUGAUUUUAGUGCUGGGAAAGACAUCUGUCUGGAAUCCCGGAGAACUGCUGCUUGUUAAUGUACCCAACAAAAAAUAGAUUGGCUAAAGACUUGGGGAGGGGCCUCCUUUAUCCGAGUAAACAACCAAACUUCCCCAGUAAUAAAGAAAAAGGAAGUACCACAAGAUAUUUCCAGUGCUCCUGGUUGUUUGGCCUGCUGGGAGAAGACAGUGGCUGAAAUCCAGUAGUAAGUUGUAGCUAGAAUAGGCCCAUUAAAUCAGUGAGGACUUGGUGAGUCAACUCCUUAAUAAGUUCUAUUGAUUUAACGAGCUUACUCUGCUUGUACCUUGCUACUGGAUUUUAGCUGUUAUGUUUCCUUUUUCCACUGCUCAGGAAUGGGUGGUGGGAGAUUUAGCCUGAUACUUGUUUUCUGAUUUUAUUUUUAAAUAGAAAAACAGUUGAAACAUUGUGUGUUGUCAUUCUAGAGUAAAGGUGAAACAGUUGAAAAUAUGAAUGAGGAGAGCUCAGUCAAAACAUCUAAAGAGAAGGAACGCAGCAGCCCAGUGUGUGUCGGCAGAGAAGAUGAUCUUAAAAAAAACAAAAAAACAACAGCUAGUGUCCAUGACAGAGAAAUUGUUGUUUUCUAUCACAACGGAAGGUUUUAUGCUCUGGACUGCCGCUGUUACCAUGCAGGAGGUCCUUUGCACCUUGGUGAAAUAGAGGAUAUCAAUGGACAAGCCUGCAUUAUUUGUCCCUGGCACAAGUACAAAAUAACUCUGGCCACAGGCGAAGGACUGUAUCAAGCAGUAAACCCCAGGGAGCCAUCGUUAUCUCCAAAAUGGAGAUCAAAGGGGGUAAAACAAAGGACUCAUACAGUUACUGUGGAGAAUGGAAAUGUUUAUGUAACGCUUUCAGAUGUAGUUGACAGUAUAGAUUCUGAUUACUAUGCUGAGAAGUUCAAAAAUAUGAUAUAUUCUACUGUGAUAAAGUAACAUCUGUGCUUCACUGUCUGCAGCAUUAAAAUAAAUCCUAAAUAUGAACAACA